AUGAAUGUUUUGCUUAUUAAAUUUAGCUUAGCGGGUCAAAUCUAUUCAGAAAUCCAAACAUUUCUUUUAGAGGUGUUAGCUCUCUUUGCUGAAAACAUCAUAUUGACAACUCUGGUUAAGACCCUGAGUUAUAGACUUUGAAUAGCAUAUAGCAUAAUUGUCAUGCGAGUUCUAUUUCUAUGUAGAAUUCGAUAUCUUUCUUCUCAUUUUAGAGUCAUUAAAGACCAAAUAUUGCAUCACUGGAGCUUUAUCAGCCCUACUCAAGGAAAUUAAUUCGGAUAGUUGGUGUAAAGAACAAGAGAAUUCCAAAUAUAUUCCUCUAACAAAAAUCUAUGACAACUUCGCCAAAUUUUUAGUUAGAACAAAGCUCUUGGCUUUAAGCUCUAAAAUCAUAGAUAAACUAGUUCCCUGAUUGAUAUAUCAAGAUUUAUCAAGCAUGAGAGUAUUUCUGGGGUUCUUUGAGUUUUUGGUAAAACUUUAUUUUUCGAGAAAUCUAGACAAAUUUUUAUAUCUUCAUCUUUUCCCCAAAUAAAUUAAGGUGCGGUUAAUGACUCUAAGCCUUGUCCUAAAUUUAUUCUGAGUUCCAAAGCCCAUAUUCAUAGGCAAAUUCAAUACUGAAGUUUUACAACAUCUUCCAUUUGUAGAGAUAUCAGGCUUUGGAGAAGCAUUACUCAAAUUUUAAGAAGUCUAAAAUUAUUCAAGUUCAAUCUUCACCGAAAGCAGAGCUUGUAGAUUUCUGUUUUAUCUGCUUAGCCCUUAUGAAUGCUUUUCUUGCUCCUGUAUAGCUCUGGGGUAAAAAUAAGAUCAUUUGAGCUCUGAAUCUUGAAUGAAUCAGGAAUUCAAAAUAGUAAGUUUACUCAUCAGCCUUAACAAAACUAUUACAAUCCGGAUCCUACUUUCUCUAGGAGGUCUUCUGGAAAGCUAUAAGCUUCACAGUAGGGUCCUUCUAAUUAAUUCCUAAAUUACUUGAUCCCUUUUGAAGGGCUUGGAUUACUUUGGAGGAUUUCUAUAAUAGAUAAAUAAUGAGCUUGAGAUUGCACACUAACACCUUGCACAUAAUGGUGAUUUAAUUUUCUGAAAUAUUAUCAAAAGUG